CACAAACUUACCAAAUCAUCCAAAAAUGGCAACCAAAACUUUUCUCUACUGUUCUCUCUUAGCCAUCAGCUUCUUCUUUGCUUCCAAUUCUUCAGCUAACCGAGAGAACUUAACCGUCGAGCUAAUCCACCGUGACUCUCCUCAUUCUCCACUCUACAACCCUCACCACACUGUCUCUGACCGUCUCAACGCUGCUUUCCUCCGAUCAAUCUCACGUUCUCGCCGUUUCACAACCAAAACCGAUCUCCAAUCCGGUUUAAUCUCAAAUGGCGGCGAAUACUUCAUGUCCAUCUCAAUCGGUACUCCACCGUCGAAAGUUUUCGCCAUUGCUGACACGGGAAGUGACCUAACUUGGGUCCAAUGUAAGCCAUGUCAACAAUGUUACAAACAAAACAGUCCACUCUUCGACAAGAAGAAAUCUUCCACCUACAAAACAGAAUCUUGCGAUUCAAAAACCUGUCAAGCCUUGUCCGAACACGAAGAAGGAUGCGACGAAUCUAAAGACAUCUGCAAAUACCGUUACUCUUAUGGAGAUAAUUCGUUUACCAAAGGAGAUGUUGCGACCGAAACAAUCUCCAUUGAUUCUUCCUCUGGCUCCUCUGUUUCUUUCCCCGGUACUGUCUUUGGUUGCGGCUACAACAACGGUGGUACAUUCGAAGAAACCGGAUCCGGAAUCAUCGGACUCGGAGGUGGUCCAUUAUCGUUAGUUUCCCAGCUUGGUUCUUCCAUAGGGAAGAAAUUCUCGUAUUGCUUGUCACACACGGCAGCUACAACAAACGGCACAAGCGUCAUAAACCUAGGAACCAACUCGAUACCUUCCAAUCCAAGCAAAGACUCCGCUACGCUCACUACACCCUUAAUCCAAAAAGACCCCGAGACUUACUAUUUCUUGACACUCGAAGCAGUCACCGUCGGCAAAACCAAGCUUCCAUACACCGGAGGAGGAUACGGAUUAAACGGGAAAUCAUCAAAGAGAACCGGAAACAUCAUAAUCGAUUCCGGUACAACCCUUACCCUUCUCGACUCAGGAUUUUACGAUGACUUUGGUACGGCCGUGGAAGAAUCAGUAACCGGAGCAAAGCGUGUGAGUGAUCCACAAGGGCUUUUAACACAUUGUUUCAAAUCCGGAGACAAAGAGAUCGGUUUGCCGGCGAUAACAAUGCAUUUCACGAACGCCGACGUGAAGCUGAGUCCGAUAAACGCGUUCGUGAAACUAAAUGAAGAUACAGUGUGCUUGAGUAUGAUUCCGACAACUGAAGUUGCUAUAUACGGAAACAUGGUUCAAAUGGAUUUCCUUGUUGGCUAUGACUUGGAGACCAAAACGGUAUCGUUUCAACGCAUGGAUUGCUCCGGGAACUUAUGAAGCAAACGUUGCCGUUAAGAG